AUGGCUUCGGCCACCGCCGGCCCGACCCGUAAACCAGACGCGCUGCUGUCUGGAGCGGGGGCCGCCUCCGCACUGAGCGGAGGGGGCCGCGAGGAAGACAACCUCUAUAAAAUAAUUACCCCAAGGCCAAGUUUGUGGUGCCCGGCCAGGGGGGGUGCGUCGCCCAAGGGCGGGAAAUCCCCCACCGUCAGUACCAUAACGGUCAGCCCCUCGUACUCUGGGGGGGGCAACAAAUGCUCUGAGAUUGCAGAGUCUCCGACAAAAACUGCCGAGGUUACGGACCCUCGUAAAAAGAAUACCGACGACUCGUUAGGUUUAAGUUUAGGAUUAAGUGUAGAUUUAAAGAAAGAGGUGGAUCAGGGGAAAACGAAGAGGGAGCUGCAAAGCCGUAGAAACACGUUCUACCCGGCUUUCGCAGAUACUGGACUGGACGCUAGCGCACCAGCACCAUCAUCACUUCCCGAAGUGAGGGUGGUCCUGGAGCGCAUCCCUAUACCGGACGAGACGAAUUCCGACAUGGAGGUCGAUGCUGAGAAAGCGGCACCGUCUGAUGGGACGGAUACUAACCUGGUGGCAGCGCCACUCAGGUCAGGGUCCCCUGUAAUCAGGAGCCGCUUCUGGGCAGAGGAGGGCCCAAAGAGGCGCCGCCUGACGAUGACAUCGUCAACGUCGGCCUCGCCCUCGGGCAGUGACGGAGAGGAGUCUGCCACUAAGUGCAAAGCCCGCCGGUCUACCACCGGAAAACACGUCGGCCUAUCCAAGGCACAGGCGUACGUCAACGCCGUGAGGAAAGAGUUUCUGAAAACUCAAGCUGCGGAGGAAAUCGCAGGAUGCGCCAACCAAGUCUUACAGACUAGGGCGACGCGCCUGUCGGAAUCCUCCUUAGCAAGCGAGGCCCCAACCAAGGACCUAAACCAACAGGUGCUGGACGCUUUGGCGGUAGUUGAGAAGGUUGCCACUAAAUCGGGUAACCUGAAGGGCACUUCGGUGAAGGCACUAAAGGACGCGAAGUCGUCCAUCCAAGCUGCCUUUGAGGUGAUAGUCGAGCGGACCUCCACAGACGUUACGAGGCAACUGCAGGCGGACAAUGCCCGCAUUCAAGCGGACAAUGCCCGCCUGCAGGCCCAAAUGGCCAGCCUCCAAAACGAGCUCAUUAACGUCAGAGUGGAGAUGGAGCUGCUGCGGAAACUACAGGGUGCCCCUGCGCCACCCCCGGACGUGACUGGCGAGUCGUCUGCUGCAACGCAGGCCUCUCGCGGCCAGAGGCGGCCUCAGAAGGCUACCCCGGCCUCUAAGGACGAGGAAGACCUAGCGCGAACCAUCAUGGUCCAGGUAGGGACGAUGGUCAACGCGCGCCUAGAGGCCUUAGAGGGAAGACUUCUUCCGGAGAGGAGACUGCGUCCGCCAUUGUCAGCCGACAAAAAGCGUUCGCAAGCCUCUCCUGCGGUCAAGCCAACCCCGGCACAGACGGAGCCUAUUGCGAAGCCAGGUGGAGCUGAGACAGCUCACCCGGCCCCCACUGAGGCUAAGAAGGCGAAGGAAAAUAAGAAGAAGAAGAAGAAAAAGAAAAAGAAGAAGAAGGGAAAGGCCGGCGCUGUCCAACAAGCGGCCGCGCCUCGCGCACCACGACCGCUUCCAUCUGCGCCCUCCACAAUGGAGGAGCCGUGGAAUGUUGUCGCAAAAAAGGGCAAGAAGAAGCAGGUCACUGCCACUCCGAAAAAGAGUGGCCCGGUGAAGCUGCACCCUCCUCGUACGGCGGCAGUCGUGCUCACACUGCAGCCUGGUGCGGAGGAAAAUGGUGCUUCCUAUGCCGGAGUACUGGCCCAAGCCAGAGCUCGUAUCAAGCUGGAUGAGCUUGGCAUAGGUGCUGUCCGGUUCCGACGAGCCGUGACUGGCGCCCGCAUCCUAGAGGUGACGGGAAGCACCAGCAGCGAGAAGGCAGAUUCCCUCGCACAAAAGCUAAGGGAAGCUUUGGAUGAGGACGUCGUCCGAGUCAAUCGGCCCAUCAGAUCCGCAGAGAUGCGGAUCUCGGGCCUGGAUGACUCAGUCACCGCUGAGGACUUGGUGGCAGCGGUGGCUCGAGCUGGCCAAUGCGCCGCAGACCAGGUGAAGCCCGGCGAAAUUCGCCGUGACAAAACCGGUCUUGGCUCGGUAUGGCUGCGGUGCCCAGUGGCUGCUGCAAAGAAGGUGUCGGAGGGUGGACGGUUACUGGUCGGCUGGGUGGCGGCUCAAGUGAAGCUGCUAGAGACCCGGCCGAUGCGGUGCUACCGCUGUCUCGAGACGGGGCACGUAAGAGCGACGUGCGACGUUGAGGUGGACCGCAGCAAUCUCUGUUAUCGCUGCGGUCAGGCCGGUCACAUCGGCCAAAAGUGCACAGCUGAGCCUCACUGCGCCAUAUGCGAGGCUGCCGGUAAACCUGCGCACCAUCGGAUGGGUUCCUGUGUCGCCCCAUCCAAGCGCAGGAACAGAGGAAGGAAGGCUGGUGAAGGCUCUAGGGCCUCCUCGCUGCCUGUCCGCCCGUUGCGAGCGAUCGCUGAUACUCGGGCUGAGGUGGAACCGACCAUGGCCGUUGAUUAA